AUGGCGAGUAAUUUAAAUGGACGUAUUGGAAAGAUGGUUAUACUUCCAUCGACAUUUACUGGAUCUCCGCGUAAUAUGUUACAAAAUUAUCAAGAUGCGAUGGCAAUUGUUGCUAAAUUUGGUAAACCAGAUCUUUUUAUUACGAUGACUUGUAAUCCUAAAUGGCGCGAAAUUGAAGAAAAUCUUUUAGAUGGUCAACAAGCUUCUGAUAGACCUGACAUUUGUGCACGUGUUUUUAAUAUUAAAAAAGAUUAUUUGAUUGAUUUGAUUGUAAAGCAAAAAUUUUUUGGAGAAGUAGCAGCCUUUGUAUAUGUUAUUGAAUUUCAAAAACGUGGUUUGCCUCAUGUUCACAUGUUAAUUACUUUAAAAUACAAUUUUAAAAUAACAACUCCACAAAUAGUUGACAAAUACAUCUCUGCUGAAAUUCCUAAUCCAUGUGAAAAUCAUACUUUACAUAACAUAGUUAUGAAACAUAUGAUUCAUGGACCUUGUGGUGAUUGGUGUUUAGUAAAUGGAAAAUGUUCAAAACAUUAUCCAAAAUCAUAUCUUGAAGAAACUAGAAUGAAUGAAGAUGCUUAUCCUUAUUAUCGUCGAAGAGAUAACCCUGCUCUAGGUUUGAUUGAAGACGAUGAUGAAUGGAAACGAGCUAUGAAUGAAGCGGUUGGAUGGAUGAUGCCAAGACGAAUUCGUAGAUUAUUU